GGGAGUAGGUGCGAGCCUGUAAUGGCAGAGUUUUAAAACCGAGUUUUUUCUUAUUAUUGGUUUCUUGACAUGAUAUACUGGCUUUUUAAUAAAAUGUUGGUAGUAAUUAAUCAUCUUAAACUUAUGUCCAUCUAUACGUCUUUUACAAAAAAAUCAAGGCAAAACAAGAAAAGAAUUCUGCCUCUUCGAUGGCUAGCCAAGUAUAUUCCGUUUAAUAUAGACGCAACAAUUGAAUUACACCCGUAUCUCGUGAACGAUGAAGAUACUACAUCUUCUCAAAGUGAUACAAGUUGGAUGUUCGACAACUCUAUUCUCAGUCUGUUCGAUAUAUCUAUUUUAUUUGAAAGGAGUUAUCGUGAUUGGGGAGUUCUUUACAGAGCUCAGUUCAGGCGUAAAAGUCAACCGGAAAAGCCGACUGAAACAAAAGCUGAAGAAAAGCCAGAAGAACAAGCUGCUAUGAAGAAGAUAAAUGAGUUGGAAACAGAACUAGACGCUUUAAAAUCUCAAAUCGCUAAGCUCAUAAAUAAUACAGCUAUAACAUGUUCAACUCCCGUUCUUACUGCAUUUCCUACUCCAGAAAAUACACCAAAGUCUUCUAAAACAGCAGUAGUUGCAGCACCACCACCACCGCCUCCUCCACCUCCUCCUCCCCCACCGCCACCGAUUGACAAGAGACCAUCAGUUAGAGAUAUUAUAAUGCAAAACAAGAAGUCAUCUAGCAACCAAACAAAAUCAGUUAAACAGCCAAGUGGAGUUGAUAUGUCAGAAGUUUUAAAAGGCCUUGGAACAGUAAAGUUGAGAUCGGUAGAAAGGUCUCCCGGAGGGACCCCUGUUAGGCGGCCAAAAGAAAAUGAAAUGAACGACGUAGGUUCUGUUAUUCAUAGAGCGUUGAAGAAGAGACUCGAUAAGAUAAGGCAAAGUGUAGGGGGAAGUCCAGACAAAGAAAACUGCUCCCCAGAUAAAUGGAGUCCCCAUGAAAGCCUACCGGGUCCUCAUCUUCUCCGAUCGUCUAAUCGAAAGCUGGAUAAUCUUGGCAGAGAUAAGCGUUCGAAAUGAGCCGAACUACGUUGUAUUUACUUGAACUAGGCCUACAAAGGACCACCCUGGUAGAACGUCGUGAGCAACGCCAUCUACCAUAAAAACGUUUCUUCCAUUAAAUUGCCUAUGAAAACUAUUAAAAUUGUUUAAUUUUGUUUUUUUUUCAAUAUUUUGUAUUUUUUUUGUAUAUUCUGUUUACUCUGACGCAUUAUGUUCAUUUAAUAAAAAUAUAUAGGCCUAAUGACAGGCGGCUAUUAAAGCUUAAAACCA